AUGCCGGCGUCGGAAGCGCAGAGUCAGGGAGCCGCCGAGAGGGACGGAGCUAGCAGUGACCGCGUGGCGUCCACCAUCGCGACAUCCCUCCUGUCUCUCGCCGCUCCCAAGCCCCUCGUUUCGUUCCUCCGCUCGCCGCUCCACGCCGCGCUGCUGUGCCUCCCCGUCAUCGUGUUUCUCCUCCUUCUCGUGCGACAGCCCGUCGCCGUGGAGCACAUCGCGAUCCACUCGGUCGAGGAGCAAUAUCGAUUGGAGUCGCAGGGAGAGCAGAAGGGAUCCCCAGCGUCGCAAGAUUCGCCAGCGUCGCACGAGCAGCUUCAGCGACGAGUUGACGAACUGCUGGCCUCAUGGGCUGCUCAGCUCGCGAGGUCGUCGCCGACCGUCCCAGAUCCAGUCGCAAGCGACACGGAAGGCUCCAGACAGCUCGUCGCGUCACCUCCGCCCGGAAUUGCAGCAUCACCAGCAGCGCUGGUUUCGGCGCCGCAUUUGGCGGACUGCACGGCCAAUGCGCGCGUGCACGCGGAGGAGCAUUGGGCCAGCCGCCCCGCCGAUGGCUCCGAACCGCCCUGGGCCGCCCUCCGACGCUAUGCGGGCGCGGGCGAGGGGAGGGGGGCGGAGGAGGGGGUCGGGGAGAGGGAGGGGGGGGGGAUGCGGAGAGAGGAGGAUGUGGCGGAGCGGAGAGGAGAGGCGCGCGGGGAUGUGGCGGUGGUGGAAGGGCCGUUUCCGCCGUGGGUGGAGGGUGCAGACGCGGACAACUACCCACUCACCCGCCUUGUGCAGCGCGACCUCUGGCGCCACCAGUUCCCGCGCAACUGCUCCCACCCCGCUGUAAGGCGAGUGGCUCCGGCGCACCCCCGGGGCGCUGCGCUGCGUGCUGAGCACCCACCUCCUCGCCCUCACCAUGCCACCCGCCCUCAGCUUCCCUGCCUGUCCCCGCCUGUCCCCAUGACGCUGCUGGCGGGCGCGCUGGCGCUGGCCGUGCGCAGCAGGAGGGUGCUGGUCAUUGCUCAUGCGGGGGGGAGGGGCAGGGGGCGCGGGGGCGUGGGGCUGCUGGGGGGCUUUGAGCGCGCGGAGCACGAGGGGUGUGAGCGCGAGGGCAUGCGCGGCGAGUGGCGCUGCUACUUCCUUGCAGAGACGUCCGACGAGUGCAGGCGCCGCGCACACUCAUUGGCCCGGCGCGCCGCGUCCUUCCAAGGCGCCCACCCGCUGCUCGCCACCACCAAGCACCCCUCCCUCGCCGCCCCCACGCCCUUUCAACAGGCGGGAGGCUCAGGGGAGGGACAGGGGGAUGAGCAGGGCAGAGGGGAGGAAGAGGGGGCAGAGGGGGAGAAUGGGGGGGAAGAGGAGUCGGGUGGCAGGCAGCGGCGGCGCAAGAGGGGAACGCGGCCGCUGUUCUUCCCAGCGGUGCCGUCGCGGUGGGGGCAGCCAUGGCUGGCCAUCCCGGGCGUGGUGGAGGCGGAGGGGCGCCUCAUCGUCACCAACCGCAUGAAGUCAGCUGCCUCAGUCCCUCCCCUCCCUCCCCCCCCUCCCUCCCUCCUCCCUCUCUCAAGCCUUUGCUUCGCACCGUCCUCCUCUCUCGCUGUGUCUCCACAGCGGACACCUGUUCAUGCGCAUGCCACCGCCUGCCAUCAAUGCCGCCUCAGACUAGUCCCUGCUCUGGCUCACCCCAGCAUCCCACUCGCUGCACCAUGCACUGUUCUCCCUCACCCCCCGUCCACCCUUCCCCCACCGCGGCCCCUCCGCAGCAACACACACCGCUGGUGGCGCGCCCAGGCGGCGCGCUUCUUCCUGAGAGCGCCCUCGCCGCGCCUCUGCCGUCUGCUCAACGCCCAGCGCCACCUGUCCUAUGGCCGCCUCGCGCGCUGCUGCUGUCGCCCAGGCUGA